AUGGCACAAUAUCCAAAUGGUCAGCAGGCAUACUAUGGCCAGCCCACGAAUGCCCAAGCACCCGCUCAGCCAACAGUAGGUCGCUAUGAGAGCUACGCAGCUCAACAAAACCCCGCGCCAAACCAACAUCUGCCUCGCAGGAUGCCAAGUUACAAUGCUGGGGAUGAUUCAGGGUUCUUCAACUCGGCCCAAGCCCAGAAUGCACGAGCGGCAGAAGGAAACGCACAGUAUGCCGCACAAGGCAGUUACAAUGCCGCGCAGGGUGGUUUUGAUGACGACAGGGGCUCCAGAUAUUCACGCGCUUCGUCAGAUGCCAUGUCGCGCAUGUCUCCCAGUCGCGCUUCUUCACAAACCUCCACCAUGUCUUACCAAUACCAGUACUCCGGAACGUCAACGAACCAACCUGCUUAUAAUCCCCAGCAAUACGGCCUCCCCCACACGCAAUCCCAGCCAGCCCUCGCUUACAACCCACUGAACUACAACGGCUCAAACAAUGUCUCCUAUGCGACUCCAGCUUCAGGUCACCAACCGUACAACCCUGCAGCAUAUCAGUCUGCCGCAGUCUCGGGAUUGAGCUCUCCAGUUCUGCCAAGGAGUCAGAGCAUAGCAUCGCACUACGGACAGACACCACCAACCCCACACUCCUACAGCUUUCCCUCACAGCAACCACCUCUGCCACCGCCAAGGGGGCCGGAUCACCCGUAUGGAGGACGUCCUUCAGCAUAUCAAGCCAUGUCACCUAUUCCUUCGCCUUCAUAUGUGCCAUCGAAUUCGCCAGGCACAAUGACCAUGCCUCCAAAUUCGUCUCGGCCCUACUAUGCUACACAAGGAUCUGCGUAUGAUUCACAGUCCCCUCAGUAUACAGCAUUGAAUAUCGGCGCCUCUUUUGAUGAUCUUCCCCCGGAGCCGCCAGCUCAUCAGAGCCAAGGAACCGGUCUGUAUAGCAAACGGCCGAGUGUAUCUCAGGCUGGAGCUGGGCGGACCCUACCCACCCCUCCGAUGCAGCCUGACUUGCCUCAAAUUCCGCCGAGACGAACCGACACCUUGACUCGCCAUCCUCAGUCGCGACCUCUUCCUGGGCCACCAGUUGACGCAGAGACUGAAAUAAACGGCAAUCACUUACCUUCCGACCCACCUGUGGCAUAUGAAGAUCUUAUGAAAGAGGUUGAAGCAGCAGUAGACCCCCAGAAUUUUGCCCGGCGUCACAGUUCACGGGCAUCCCAUCAAACUGCUGGUUCGCGCCCUCGCUUGUCGCCCGAUGAACAGCAUACGCACACAAACGGAAACAUGGACACAGGUACGGGGAACUAUGUCAAUUACGAUGCCUACAGUGACGAAAGUGAUGCCGAGGCUGCAGCUGGACUAGCUAUGAUGCAAAUGGCAGACGAGGAAGAAAGAGCACGCGAGGAGCGUGGCCGUGAGCGUAUUGAAGGGCGGAUUCGACGUGAGACCAAUGCAUCGGUUCUCAGCUCUCGUGGCUCCAACAUUUCUCCGAGAGGACCUUCACCACUUUCCGAUCAUCAUCAAGAUCAGGAGUACACUGGCCAUGAUCUUGCAUUGUAUGAGGGGGGCUAUUCGGGAAACUUGCACUACGGCGAAGAACCUGUUUACACUGCUGAGGAGUACUCGGAUAUCGCCGGUGAUGCUAGAUUCACGGGCACAUCUGGUUCGUUUAGAAGCUCCAACGUCUCCCCUGAUGAGCGCGGGGAGUAUUAUGAUGACUACGAACAUCCCCCCAUUGCAUAUGAGUAUGCUAACCGCCUCCAUCAUCUGCCUCCUAACCCGGACGCUAGGGUGGAUGCAGGUGGCACGGGAGGCCUAUCUGCACCCGACGCCUAUGGUCGUCGUAUGAGCUUCGACUAUGGCGAUGAAGGAGAAUCGCCAUAUGACCAGCCUCAUUCUGCAUAUCAAUCAGAGGAUGACAGUCCUCACCGAGCCGCCCAUGAAGACCUCUUUUUCCACCCCGGGAUGCGUCCACUUCCACCCGCACCUGUCGAACCGGCUGGCAAUACUGAUCUCGUCUCUUAUUUGGUGCCUGCAGGUACAUACAGUCACCAUGAGCAAGAGGACUUGAAUAACUAUUCCCAAUAUCACGCCAACUCUUCUUUGCCAGUUUCUGCGGAUUCAUACGGCGAUGCUCUGCUCAGCCCGUCCCAAGUUCCACGUUCAUCGUCUUUGUCGACACCCAUUGGACCUCGUUCCGAUCCGCCCAUCAGGUCAAAAACCGAUGCAGAUCGAGUCAGAUAUAGGCAGCAGCAGCAUGAGCUUAUGUUGCAACUCCGACAUAAAGAACUCCCUCAUAUAGAUCCGGCUGAAGCGGCGGCAGCUGCUGUCACAUUGGAUCUACCAAGCAUCCCGGCUGGUCGCCGCAAGAGGUUCUACCCUGCAAAGCUAUCCUCGGAACAUUUCAAAAAGUGUCACGAGCCGUGGGCUUUGAGCUCUAUUUUGUCCUGGAUUCGCGAUUUAUCCGAGGAUGAAACUGAUCUCAAAGAGCAAGCAAUUGCCGACGCAAUUGUAGCUUUGUUUACUCACAAGGUGCCUACCAUGAACAUUGCUGAUGCCGAAACUUUGGCUUCUCGUAUUGUCAACGGUAUGCUUGAAGAAGGGGCACUAGUCAAGGAAGAGGAAUGGGUAAAGUUCGGCUCCGGUAGUCUCUCUGGUGUCCUGUUCCAGAUCACUGGAACCGGAUGUUACUCUGCCAGGCUCCAUCUGCAGGAGAUGCACAUCGAAGAUACCGAUAGCUUUGGUCGAUGCUACUCGCAUCAUUGCAUGCGAACGCUGAAGAAGGUCAAUCUUAAGGCACAGACGAUGGCACCGCAAAAGAAAAUCGAGGAUUGGGUGACCUUCUACAAGGUACCGAAAGAGGUAUGGGAGUCUCAUCCCAGGAAAGAAGUUGAUCGACAGAACAAUUUGCACGAGAUUGUCACCACAGAAGACUCAUAUAUUGGGCAACUGGAUGUUCUGCGAGAACUUUAUCGUGAUCAACUGGCUGGCAUGAACCCAUCAAUCAUCCCUACCAAGCGACUGCCGAAGUUUCUGUUGGAUGUCUUCGGCAAGGUUGAUGCAGUGAAGAAGGUCAAUGAGGACUAUCUCUUGGCACAGCUCAAAUACCGUCAAAAGGAGCAGGGCCCCUUCAUUACUGGUUUCAGUGACAUUUUCAGGGAAUGGAUCCGCAAGGCGAAGACCGUUUACAUUGAUUAUGCCGCAACCUUCCCUACUGCCAAUUACCUUGUGCGGAAAGAGGCCGAGCGUAACCCGCAUUUCAAACAGUUCUUGAAUCAGGUACGAGAACAUAAAUUAUCGAACCGGCUCAGUUGGGAUACCUUUCUCAAGGCUCCCAUUACCCGAAUUCAGCGUUACACGCUUCUCUUGGCAACUGUGCACAAGAACAUGGUGAAGGAUUCCGAAGAAAAGACGAAUGUUGCUCAGGCUAUCGAAGAGAUCAAGAUCGUUGCUCUGGAGUGUGAUAAUAAGGUUGGAGAAAUGAACAAGAAGGCCAAUUUGAUGGAACUAGCAGCCAAACUUCAAUUGCGACCUGAUAUGAAGAAGGAAGUUGAACUCAACCUUGAGCACCUUGGUCGACAGAUCAUUCAUCGGGGUGAUCUUCAACGCCCUGGAACUCGCACAAGGUUCCUCGUGGAAACGCACGCGAUACUCUUUGAUCAUUACCUGGUUUUAGCAAAGACAUUCACCAUGCGGGAUCGGGCAGUCAAAUACGAACGAUAUGACGUCUCAAAAUUACCCAUUCCGAUGGAUCUUCUAGGCCUUGAAAGCACCAACGACGACCCAGUUGUUAAAUCCUCAGUUCGUGGUGUUUCGACGGUCACUCCAUCCCAAGGUGUUGUCAGUCCCCUGACCCAUACUGGUCCCUCCUCUUCAGGCAUUACCGUCGUGGAUAACUCAAGAGAUGACAAAAUUCUCUACCCCUUCAAGAUCAAGCACCUUGGCAAAGAAGGAACCUACACUCUCUAUGCUUACUCCGCUCAGAACCGCAUGGAAUGGUGCCAAAAGAUUAUCGAAGCUAAGACGAAACAUGCGGCUGCACUAUUUUCACAGAAUGCAGAACCAUUCAGACUACGUGUGCUUGCAGAUACUGCAUUUGCAUACUCUGACCAGUCUCCUGGCUCGAAAAGUGUCACCAUCACUGGCACACCAUUACAUCGUGCAAUCAAGGAGGUUGAAAAACAAUAUGAAAGCUCUGGGCCUAGACCAACCCCAGUAUGCAAAACUUCUGUCACCUGUGCCACGGUGUUUCAACAGCCUCCCGGGCGAAUUAUGUGUGCAAUUGGCACUGAAUACGGUGUCUACAUGUCUGAGCUUAACAACCCCCGCGGGUGGUACAGAGCUAUUCCAAUCAUGCGGGUUACUCAAGUUGCUGUCUUCGAGGAAUUCAAUCUUCUACUGCUCAUUUCUGAUCGUUCUCUGAUCGCAUAUCACCUUGACGUGGUAUGCCCCGCCAGUGGGUCUACCACGCAGUCGUCUCAGGAUUCUGCUCGACGAGCUCCGCAGAAACUGUCGGGAAACCGCGAAGUCGGCUUCUUUGCUGCUGGUCGUCUCAAGGACCGGUACUUGGUAUUGUACAAGAAGCGGGAUGGUCUUUCGUCUACCUUCAAGGUCCUCGAACCCGUUCUGCAAAAAUCAGCAACAAACAAAAGCCGCCUUUUCACCUCGCGUCGAUCACAAACGGAAUUUUUCCGCGAGUACGACGAGUUUUAUAUCCCCGCCGAGACCUACAGAAUCAACAUGUUCCACUCAUCACUCGCCAUUUCCACUCAAAAGGGCAUCGAGGUUCUCACCCUCGACAAGAAACAUUCAUGGUCUGUACCAGACUUCCGCACUAACGAGGUCUCGGAUGCUCAGGACACCCUCCACAGCAUCGCCAAUCGCAUCAGAGACCUCAAGCCAUUGGGCAUGUUCCGCCUUAGCGACAGCGAGUUCCUUGUUGCUUAUCAAGAGUGCGCCGUCUACGUCAACAAACACGGCGAUGUUUCUCGCAGCGUGGUCAUGGAGUUCGUUGGCUGUGCGCACACUGCCUGCCUAUAUGGACGUUUCUUGAUACUCUUUAAUGAGGAUUUUGUUGAAGUCCGCAACGCAAUGAAUGGUCGCUUGCGCCAGGUAAUUCCCGGUCACAAUGUUGUCUGUCUCGAUGACGGAAGCAAGAUGCCUGGCUCGCUGGAUGGAAAUGCACAGGCAAAUACUGGUGGUUCGAUGAGACUUGGUAGCGGUUUCUCCGGUGCUACUGACGGGGUUUCGUCGGGUUCUGUUGGUAACACGGUGAAAAUCUGCAUGCAACAUCCAGAGUACGAGCGGAGCCAGAUUGUCCUCGAGUUGGUUGAGAACGAGGGCCAAAAAGACUAA